UCGAGGGGAGUAUGACUUCAGUGGCACGAGGAACAAGUGUAUUACUCUCAUAAACCAUCACUCGGUGAGAAAAUGAAGUCAACAGGUUAUAUUGCAGAAAGCCGCUAUGAAUCUUAUGUACCCUCACCAUGUUUACAUGUUAAGGAAUGGUCACUGAAGUGAAGUGGAGGGUGUCUCGCUUCGGGUGAGAUACAUUUGUCACAUUUACAAUGGAAUGAAGUCAGGCUUGUUAGCGAAACAAGAGACAAGAGUCUACGGUCAGUCAGACUACCUGUCCCUCUGUCCACUGGGUAGAACGGGACAACAUGUGCUAUCUGUUCCAAGCUACGGCCGUUUCUCACCCGGAUGCAGAAGCGUCAUGCGCAGAAAGUGGAGGAAACAUCGCCUCAAUCAAGGACGACCACAACGCAUAUUACGUCACGUCGUUGUUUACCUCCAGUAGUGACAUAAAUACUCUGUGGUCGCGCUACCUGCUGAUAAAACACGACAGCGACGCGUAUGUUACAUCUAGACGACAGAACGUCUCAGACUGUGUCGGAUGCAAUUCCCUGAAACCCUUCUUCAUCAGUCAAGGGAUGAAUGAAUCGUGUAUUGUGACUGGUUCAAUAACGUCAUCUUCAGCAACGUGGAACACCGCCGACUGUUCUGCAGUUCAUCAAGUGAUAUGUGAAAAAACAUCAGUAUUCAGUAGUCUGGCGGUGAAGGACAUCGCCGCCAUUGCCUGUCUCGCGUUCCUCGUCGUUAGCUUCAUCAUCGUUAUCACCAUCGACCUCUUCAAGAACCCCGUGCCUGAAGACAGGAGGCGGAUCUUAGAGGACAGGAACCUGUAGACAGUGCAUGCUGGGAGAAUCCCGUGCCUGGAGUCAGGAGGCGGAUCUUAGAGGACCGGAACCUGUAGACAGUGCAUGCUGGGAGACCAUUGUGUCUGAAGACAGGAGGUGGAUGUAAACAGUGGACAGUCUGUGAUAUCUGUGUACAUGAGGGUACAGGAAGUAAUUUUGACUUGGGUAUGUUAGAGGUCGAUGCAAGUGAAUAUUUAGACGAGAACUGAGGAAAUCGUCCACAUAAGUUCACUUUUAAUAUAUACAGAAAGGUUUUCUACAUUUUUGUGUACAGUUCGAGUAUAUUCGAAAAUCAAGGUGUCAAAAAAGCUGAUCAUUUUUAUGCAGAUUCCAGAUGAUGCAGCGUUGAAGUACUAGGUGUUUACUGUUAGUGUUGUGGAAUAUCUGAUCAGCCAAGAGGAAUAAUCUGAGUGCUUGAAUCAUGUAUAAAAAUAUGAAUCACUUCUACAUUCCUAAUUAAUUACAUUCAGCAAUCAUUUUGUCCAACCGAUCUUCAAUCGUGUAUGAUUGUGCUUGAUGGAUUAUGUUUAUACACGUUGUUUUGUG